GAUCAUUAGUGUUACACCAAAAAAAUUACUCUUGUCGCUGUGAUGAGCUUAUUUGAUUGAAGUUUGGAUAUACGUUUGGAAAACGGACCAAGACAAAGCUUUUACCGUCGCCCUUCCCUGCGCCCCUCAAGCUGAAGCUAGGGUUUUUCUGUCAAAGCGCCAGACCUCGAUCGGCCUCGGCUCUGGUGAACGGCACGCACCUUAAACCCUAGUGGGCCGCCUUCUUUUGCGUCUUCCCAAAUUGGGUUCUCUUUAUAUUUCCGUUUUUCAGUUCGUGAAUCUGAGAUUGAACCAAUUACUGUGUGAAGAGGAGGGCUUGUCUGCGUUCUGUUUGCUUCCCUAGAAAACUGAUUGGAACAGAGAAUUAUCAAUUUCGAAAAGUGUACAGUUGUUCUGCAAAAGCCCCGGUGCUGCAUUCUUGGAGUCUGUGAACCCCAAAAGAAGAAGAGGGUGGAGUUGUUAACAAGCACCAAUUGGAUUUGGUAGCUUCAUCGCCUUUUCUCGGACGAUUGAUAUCGUUCAGAUAUAAUCGAUUGCUGAAGAAUAAGCGAAAUAAUGGCAAUAGCAGCCCCUGGGCAGCUUAAUCUCAACGAGGUGCCUUCAUGGGGUUCAAGAAGCGUCGACUGCUUCGAGAAAUUGGAGCAAAUUGGCGAGGGAACCUAUGGUCAAGUUUACAUGGCUAGAGAAAUAAAGACGGGAGAAAUUGUUGCUUUGAAGAAAAUACGAAUGGACAAUGAGAGAGAGGGGUUCCCCAUAACUGCCAUACGGGAAAUCAAGAUUCUAAAGAAGCUGCAUCAUGAGAAUGUCAUCAAUUUGAAAGAGAUUGUGACAUCUCCAGGGCCAGAGAAGGAUGAGCAAGGUAGACCAGAUGGUAACAAGUAUAAAGGUGGCAUCUAUAUGGUCUUUGAAUACAUGGACCAUGAUUUGACAGGCCUAGCUGAUCGACCUGGGAUGAGAUUUUCGGUUCCUCAGAUUAAGUGCUACAUGAGACAACUUUUGACGGGGCUUCACUAUUGUCAUGUGAAUCAAGUGCUUCACCGUGAUAUUAAAGGCUCUAAUCUUCUUAUAGACAAUGAAGGUAAUCUGAAGCUUGCAGAUUUUGGGCUCGCCCGUUCAUUUUCAAACGAUCACAAUGCCAAUCUUACAAAUCGUGUUAUUACUCUUUGGUACAGACCUCCAGAAUUGCUUCUUGGGGCUACUAAGUAUGGCCCAGCUGUAGAUAUGUGGUCGGUUGGGUGUAUCUUUGCUGAGCUUCUACAUGGCAAGCCAAUCUUUCCCGGGAAAGAUGAGCCAGAACAAUUAAAUAAAAUUUUUGAGCUGUGUGGAGCUCCAGAUGAGGGCAACUGGCCCGGAGUUUCAAAGAUUCCUUGGUAUAACAACUUCAAGCCAACAAGGCCAAUGAAGAGACGUCUCAGGGAGGUUUUUAGACAUUUUGACCGCCAUGCUUUGGAGUUAUUGGAGAGAAUGUUGACACUUGAUCCUUCUCAGAGAAUAUCUGCUAAGGAUGCUCUUGAUGCUGAGUACUUCUGGACUGAUCCAUUACCUUGUGAUCCGAAGAGUUUACCAAAAUAUGAAUCAUCACAUGAGUUCCAGACAAAGAAAAAACGUCAGCAGCAACGGCAACAUGAAGAAAAUGCAAAACGUCAGAAACUGCAGCACCCACAGCAUAAUCGCCUCCCUCCGAUUCAGCAAUCUGGCCAAGCACAUUCCCAAAUGCGGCCUGGACCUAACCAGCCCAUCCAUGGUUCUCAGCCCGCAGUUGCUGGAGGGCCUAGCCAUCAUUAUGGGAAACCCCGCGGGCCCUCUGGAGGGCCAAGCAGAUACCCACCUGGUGGAAACCCUGGUGGUGGAUACAACCAUCCAAAUAGGGGUGGUCAAGGGGGUGGAGGUGGGUACAGUAGCGGCCCAUAUCCUACACAAGGGAGAGGCGGGCCAUAUGGUUCUAGUGGCAUGCCUGGUGCAGGUCCUCGGGGUGGAGGUAGUGGUUAUGGAGUAGGUGGUCCAAACUAUCCUCAAAAUGGCCCAUAUGGUGGCUCCACUGCUGGUCGGGGCUCAAACAUGAUGGGUGGAAACCGCAAUCAACAGUAUGGUUGGCAGCAGUAAUGGUUGAUCUGAUUAUACAAAGUUACGAGUGAUGGUAUCGUGAUAUGCACCUCCUUGAUACAAGGGAUCUGACCUUGGAUGAUUUAGUAAAUAAUUUGGAGGUGGAAAGCAUCAUUGAACCGUUACUAAAUUAUUCAUAUGUAAAAUACAUUAAACCAGGGUUGUUCUGACUUGUACCCGUUUAUCAGUUUAUGUGAUAAUAUCAGUUUAUGUGAUAAUCUCUUGGAAAAUAUACAGAAAAGUUGGAUGUAGCAGCAUGAUUCUGUUUGGGGUUGUGCAUCUGACUCUGAGUUUGCACUUAGGCGAGUAGUCUGCGGGAAUGCUUGUGUGGUUUAAUUAAAUUAAUGCAAAAUUGCCCUUUUUAUUUCUAGUAA